AUGGCUUCUUUACAGCCAGAUGCCGUGGGCCGCACCACGAAGAAGAUGGCAGCCACGUGUGGUGCCUUGACUCUGGCAUCGCUGGUGUCACCAGUCUGCGCCACUUCUCGUGCUGGGACUUGUUGCUCGGCACUUUCCUCCCAGCCGGUCCUGCAGGCCAAGACCUACUAUCCCAACACCACACUCUACUCGGACCGUAUGUCGACAUACUGGUCAGUAAGCGCGGCCUUGGACCCAUGGUGUGUAGCCCAGCCGGAGACGGCUGAAGACGUCUCGUCUAUCAUCAAAACUCUUACUGCCAACGACUGCCCCUUUGGAAUCCGCGGUGGUGGUCAUGGCUUCUUCGCACUGUCCAACAGUGUGGCCGACGGCGUGACGAUCGAUCUAGGCUACCUCAACACAACCACAUACGACGCCAGCACCAAGAUAGCAUCUGUACAGCCUGGCAGCCACUGGCAGCAGGUCUACGAUGCCCUCUCGCCUCAGGGUGUCACCGUCGCCGGCGGCCGCGCCGGCACGGUCGGCGUGGGCGGGUUCCUCAGCGGCGGCGGCAACAGCUUCUACGCCGCCUCUCACGGCAUGGGCUGCGACACGGUGGCCAACUUCGAAGUUGUGCUGGGAGACGGUUGCAUCGUCAACGCCAACGCGGACGAGAAUUCGGACCUCUUCCGCGCGCUCAAGGGCGGCUCAGGGAACCUGGGCGUGAUCACCAGGUUCGACAUGUACGCUAUCGAGUUCCCCAACGCCACGGACCCGUCUAUCUGGGGCGGCAUCUUGAUCUACGACCUGAGCGCGGGGGAUGCGCUCAUCGAUGCCAUGGUGAGCUUCACCGAGGCCGCGGCGGACGACCGCAACACCAGCUCCAUCAUGUACUGGGCGUAUCUGCCGGCGCUGGGGGGCAUGAUCCUCAACGCGGCGCUGGAGAACACCCUGGGCAUCGAGAACCCGCCCGCGGCGGAGGUGUACCUCAACGUCAGCGGCAUCACGUCCAACACGAUGCGGCGCGCCGACCUGGCGGUCAUCACGGACGAGCUGGGCGCGGGCCAGCCGGCCGGGUUCCGCAACAACUGGCGCACGCUGGGGUUCCAGAACGACGCGCGCGUGAUGCGCUUCGCGGUCGCGGCGCACGAGCACGCCGUGGCCCAGCUCAACGCGACCAUGACGCCCGACAGCGGCUUCAACACGCUGUGCAUGUUCCAGCCGCUCAACAACGUCAUCGCGCGGCACGGCGCCGACAAGGGCGGCAACGUCAUGGGCCUCGACUACUGGAUGCGGGGCGGCGACGGCAUCAUGUUCCUCGCGACGCUGGCUGUCAACGGCGUCGAGAACGAGGCCAACGCCGCGCCUAUCAUGAAGAACUGGACCGACUCUGUCGCUGCGUAUGCGGACGGGCUUGGCCUGGGCUGGGGGUGGCAUUAUCUCAACUAUGCGUCGCCUGAUCAGGACCCGCUUGCUGCUGUCGGGCCAGAGAAUAUCGCCAGUCUGCAGGCUGCCUCGGCCAAGUAUGACCCUCAUGGUGUCUUCCAGAGGCUGAGGACGUCGGGCUUUAAGAUCCCGGAAGGGGUAGAGUGGCUGGGUUCGGAGUAA